AUGAAGGGUUUCCAUCCCGAAAAUAACCUGAUACCUCAUACUAUCGACUAUUAUGCCCAAGAGGACCCAGACAGAGUCUACGCAGAGUAUCCACGAUCACCCUUUACAUAUGAUGAUGGCUUUACCCAAGUGACAUACCACUCAUUUGCCAAUGCCAUUAAUGGUAUCGCAUGGUGGCUCACAGACAAUCUUGGUCCCGGUGAUGGCGAAACAUUGGCCUACGUCGGUACAAAUGAUAUUCGGUAUCCUGCUUUGGUCUUCGGAGCUAUCAAAGCAGGAUAUCACAUGUUCUUAGUUUCCCCUCGAAAUAGCAUGCCAGCCUACAAAUCCCUCUUCGAAAGUACCAAGUGCGCACGAAUUCUCACCCAGUCCCCUCGGCUACCACCGGUCCUAGCAAUAAUUGACGGACUCUCGAUGCAAGCGAUUGAUAUCCCAGAUGUUGAUGAACUGUUGUCGAACGAGUACCCGCAUUUUGAAUAUUCCAAGACCUACCCCGAUCAUCGAAAUGAUACUAUGGCCAUUGUUCAUACCUCGGGCUCCACUGGCAUUCCGAAGCCCAUAAUUUGGCCUCUAGAAGUGGCGAAUCAACACAUUCGGAUGUCAAACUUGCAGCCCCCCAGCGGUUCGAGUGCACUAGCAGAGAUGUUCAUAGACAGCAAAAUGUUUUUGACGCUUCCACCAUUCCAUGCAGCUGGAAUUGGGAUCAUGAUCUUUCUCGCAGUCCCUUCGAAGCUCACAUUUGUGGUUCCAAUCUCGGCAUCUCUCCCGACGGCUGCUUCGUUCAUCGCGGCCGCGAAACAAACCGAUCUCAAGUCGGCAGUUUUGCCCCCUUUUAUUCUCAACGACCUGGCUCAUAAUAACGAAAUGCUUGAAUUCUGCAGUCAGCAUUUAGAACUCCUCUUGUAUGGUGGCGGUGAUCUCUCCCAACCAAUCGGAGAAAAGAUUGCGAAAAGGAUCAGGCUGGCCAAUAUGUACGGGGCCUCGGAGCUCGGGAUUGUCAAUUCUCUGUUCUCACUCACAAAUCGUGAUCAUAUCACAGAUUGGAAAUACAUCUCACCUCACCCAGAUUUGGGCGGGGAGUUUCGCCAUGUGAUGGAUGACAAGUACGAAUUUGUACUCGUACGAAGCGAGCAAAGUGAAAGGCACCUAAUGCCAUUUGGUAUUUUUCCAGAAUUAACAGAAUACCAAACACGAGAUCUUUUUAUGCGACACCCGGAUCCCACCAAAUCUGAGCUCUGGCGCUGGUGCGCCCGUGUCGACGAUGUGAUCGUUUUCCUCAACGGGGAAAAAACCAACCCAGUCUCAAUGGAGCAACACAUUACCGCAUCGAACAAAGAUGUCACAGGUGUUUUGGUCGCGGGUGCUCAGCGUUUUCAGGCAUCCCUCAUAAUCGAGUAUGGUGAUAGGGCGCUGGAUCCGAGUGAGCGGGCGAUAAUUAUCGAGAAACUCUGGCCUUCGAUCGAAGAGGCUAAUGCUGUCUGUCCUGCUCAUGCGCAAAUCUUGCGAACUCAUAUUUUAUUCACAGUCCCAGAGAAACCAAUGUCUCGUGCCGGAAAGGGAACAAUUCAACGCACUGCUACUCUAGCUUCGUACGAAUCGGAAUUGGAUGCACUGUAUGCUGAUGCAGAUUCACUGGGGACAGUGUCUAUUGCCGACGAUCCUUUCCGUCCAGGGCGCCUCAAGGAUGUCGAAGAAUUGGCUGUCUUCAUCCGUCAAGUCCUCAUUUCUGUGACCGGGUGGAGUGAAGAUCAAGUGGACAGCGCCACGAACUUUUUCCAUCUUGGGUUUGACUCCUUGAAAGCUAUCACAGCAACUCGCUCGAUAAGGCGAGGACUCCGCCUGUCAGAUUUUACGCCAAAUUUUAUUUACCUGUAUCCUUCUGUCACGGCUCUCUCUGAGGCAACUUUUCAGUUGAUGCACAAUAAUGAGAAAUCGGAAGACCUUGCCAAGGCAGAACGACUUCAAGGAAGACAAGUGUUGUUUGAAAAGAUGAUCGAGCACAUUGAGCCCAACGCUGGGAAGCUCCCGCAAACUCAGACAGUUCUACUUACUGGUUCAACCGGGACACUCGGUACCUACCUUCUAGAUGCGCUUCUAAAAGAUCCUACUGUCGGUCAUGUUCAUUGUCUCAAUCGAAGAGAAGACAGUCAAUCUGUGCAGCACGAAAAGAGUACUUUCUUUAGUCUUAAUUCCUCGUUAAACUCAGACAAAGUCAGCUUUUUGCAGGUUGAUUUGUCCCAGAAGCAUCUCGGACUAGACUCGGAAAUAUUCAACAAUCUACGAGAAACCGCGACCACCAUCGUUCACAACGCCUGGAAUGUCAACUUCAACUUAUCUCUGGCAUCAUUCGAGCCCGAUCUACUGGGAGUUGCAAAUUUGAUCAAUUUCACAGCCUCCUGCAAAAAUUUCCCAAGUCUCUUUUUCAUCUCCUCCGUGGGCUCUGUCCUUGGACAUAGCACCGACUCCGGCCUCACGCCCGAGACGCUUGUAACUGCCGAUCCGUCAGCGAACGGAUAUGGAAACAGCAAAUACGUCGCAGAACAUAUGAUCGCUCACGCCGUGAAACAAGGGUCGAUCAGAGCAUCAAUUGCUCGGGUUGGACAAGUCGCCGGAGCUGUCAAUGCACCAGGGCUCUGGAACAAAGGGGAAUGGUUCCCCAGUCUAGUCAUAAGUUCCCAGCAGGUUGGAGCUAUACCGCAAAAUCUUGGACCCGCUGUUAACCAGAUCGACUGGGUUCCUAUUGAUCUUCUGUCGAGUGUACUGAUUGAUCUUGCACUCAACGAAUAUUCGGUCCCAGGCUCUGUAGGAUUCUUCCAUCCCUUGAACCUUCACCCAAAGACCUGGGAAGACAUCGCCCCUACCGUCUAUGAGGCGCUCACUCUGUCAGGCGGGAAGGUUUUGGAAAAGAUUCCUUUGUCAGAUUGGAUACAGCGCGUGCGAAAGAACAUGGAGGCUGCCAGUGACGAAGAUGGGGUUUCGGACGAAAUGCUACGGAAGAAUUUGGAGAAGAACCCGGCUGCAAAGCUGUUGGACUUCUUCGAGUCACUCCAUUCCACGCCUGCACAGAAUGCACUAGAUACUCAGAACACUGCCGCCAGGAGUGAUAAGCUUCGUGCCAUCGAUGGUGUCAAGGAAAAAUGGAUUCGAAAAUGGAUCGGAGAAUGGAUAGUGUAA